CGGAACCUCCGCAAACCCAAGAUGAAGUUCCUUCUCGUUAACCGGUUCACCCUGCUGCUCCUGCUCCUCGUGAGCCCAACUCCAGUUGUCCAGGCUCCUAGCAACCUCACCGACUCCGGCCUUGACCAGGAGCCCUUCCUGUACCUGGUUGGCCGCAAGAAGCUUCUGGAUGCUCAGUACAGAUGCUAUGACCGGAUUCAUCAGCUGCCCCCUUAUGAGGGAGAAGGUCCAUAUUGCAACCGCACCUGGGAUGGCUGGAUGUGCUGGGACGACACUCCCGCUGGAGAAAUGGCCUAUCAGCACUGCCCUGACUACUUUCCGGACUUUGACACAGCAGAAAAGGUUUCAAAAUACUGUGAUGAAAAUGGAGAAUGGUUUAGACACCCUGACAGCAACCGAACCUGGUCCAACUACACUCUGUGCAACGCUUACACUUCUGAGAAACUGCAAAAUGCGUACGUUCUCUAUUACCUGGCUCUGGUGGGUCACUCCUUGUCGAUUGCUGCUUUGGUUGCUUCCAUGCUGAUCUUCUGGAUUUUCAAGAACCUUAGCUGCCAGAGGGUGACUCUGCACAAGAAUAUGUUCCUUACUUACAUUCUGAACUCUAUCAUCAUCAUCAUCCACCUGGUGGAGGUUGUGCCCAAUGGCGAUCUGGUGCGACGGGAUCCUAUGCAUAUUAUUCAUCAUAACACACAUAUGUGGACAAUGCAGUGGGAACUGUCACCACCCUUACCACUGAGUGCACACGAGGGAAAGAUGGACCCUCAUGACAGUGAAGUGAUAAGUUGCAAGGUUCUACACUUUUUCCAUCAGUACAUGAUGGCUUGCAACUACUUCUGGAUGCUCUGCGAGGGGAUCUACCUUCACACCCUGAUCGUCAUGGCUAUGUUUACGGACGAGCAACGCCUGCGCUGGUACUAUCUUCUCGGCUGGGGGUUCCCAAUAGUGCCAACCAUUAUCCACGCCAUUACUCGUGCCCUCUACUACAACGACAACUGCUGGCUGAGUGCGGAAACCCACUUGCUUUACAUCAUCCAUGGACCCGUCAUGGUGGCUCUGGUGGUCAACUUCUUCUUUCUGCUCAACAUUGUCCGAGUGCUUGUGACCAAGAUGAGGCAAACCCAUGAAGCUGAGUCCUACAUGUACCUGAAGGCUGUGAAGGCCACCAUGGUCCUUGUGCCCCUGCUGGGGAUCCAGUUUGUUGUGUUUCCCUGGAGGCCCUCCAACAAGGUGCUUGGGAGGAUCUAUGAUUAUCUCAUGCACUCUCUGAUUCAUUUCCAGGGAUUCUUUGUCGCGACUAUCUACUGCUUCUGUAACAACGAGGUGCAAGUCACCCUGAAGCGCCAGUGGACGCAGUUCAAGAUCCAGUGGAACCAGCGCUGGGGAAGGCGCCGCCGCCCCACCAACCGCGUGAUUAGUGCUCCUCGUGCUGUAGCCUUCGCUGAGCCAGGUGGCCUCCCCAUCUACAUCUGCCAUCAGGAACCAAGGAAUCCUCCAAUCAGCAACAACGAGGGCGGCGAAGGCGAGGAGGGUGCUGAAAUGAUCCCGAUGAACGUCAUCCAACAGGACCCAUCCGCUUGA